AUGGUUCAUCAGACUGAUUUUAUAAGCUCUACCGCGAUAUUGAAGACUCAAAAAGCGAGCACAUCUCUGGUUCAUGCGACGAUGUUCGAGAGGGCAAUGCCCUCAUUAACGAAUGCCGGAAAAGCAUCAUCCACCAAAACCUACACAACGCCCACAAUUACUCCUCCUUCCAUCAAAGGGAAUCCGCACAUUUGGAGCUCCGACAAGCCUUCUGGCACACUUUUCAUUGCGGUUGGAAGCGUUGUAGGGUUUAUAUUCCUCAUCAUCGCACUAGCGUACAUUGUGUCGGCUUACAUAUCUCGUCGCCAAACUGAGAAACUGCGCUUUGAAACCAUAGAUCAAGAAUUUCAAUCUCAUGUGGGCGGCAAGUCUUAUUCCAAGCUCGGGAAUUCCGAUGACCCGGAGAAGUCUGGCUUUCUUUCUAAAGCGGUACAUACACCCCAAUCGCGAAGCGUUGCACGCUUACUAGAUCGCCCUGAUUUUCAACAGCCCUCUCCUGCUCUCUCUAACCAAGACUCUAGUACUUCUUUGGCACAAGAAUUUUACUCGUCAAUUCGUGAUCAAACUGCUGCCCAAAACCGCAAGUCUCUUUUUAUUUCCCCUACCGUUGAAAUUGUAAACCAACAGCGUAAGAGCGCAGUUCUGCAAAAUAUGAACAACUCUGUUUCAUCUUUGGUUUCCGAUUCGGGCGCAGAGUUGAAUAAGCCCGAAAAAGCUGCGCCCUCGACAAGGAAGGCCAUGUACAAAGCCAGAAACAAGUCCAGCAUGGGCAGUGCGGUCGGCAUAGCCAAGAGCAGAAGUACUUCGCCCGUGAAAUCAGGGCUCAGAGAUAAGCCUUUAGACAGAGCAAAAACCCCUUCCGUUUACCUUGACAAGAUGUUCGAAGACGAGAGUUGA